GAAGUGGCCGCCGCUGUCACGCGGUUCAGAGUGGAGGCUCGAGUGAGGGGCGGCGUCGCAGCGUUCACGGCUAUCUGUGUUUGUCAGAGGGGCGUCGACCAGACUGAAAGCAGCAGCCAUGUGGGUGGUGGCUGUAACGGUUCUGGUGGUGCUGGUGGCACUGGUGUGGCACAGGAAAACGUCGAACAAAAACCUUCCUCCAGGUCCUGGUGGUUUACCUCUAAUUGGACAAAUCGCCAAAGCAGUUGAUCCACGGAAAGAGCUACAUUUUAUAGAAUGGCAAAAGAAAUACGGGCCAAUUUUCUACUUCAAUACCAUAACAGAGAAAAUGGUCGUAAUUUCCGACGCCGACCUUAUCCGGGAAGCCUUCAGCAAAUCAGAGACAGCUGAUCGUCCAUCAAAUAUAAUAUUUACACUCUUCUACGCCGACAACGGCCUCGUCUUCAGCAGCGGGGAACUUUGGAAGCAGUCACGUCGCUUCUCUCUACACCAUUUGCGGAACUUUGGCAUGGGCGGCGCGAAAUUGGAGAGCGUCAUUCAAGACCAGGUCCAAGAACUGCUGGAGCAGGUUGUGGCGCCCAACGAAGGCAAACCACUCUGCAUCGAUCACAGCCUACGGAUUGCUAUCGCCAACGUCAUCUGGGGCAUGGUGUCCAGCCAGAAAUUCGCUGUAACCGACACCCGAGCACUUGAAGUUAUGCGGCCCUUCGACGAAAUGUCGCAAUUCAUCUGGAUUUUCAUCAUUUUGACGAUAUGCCCGGCAUUGGCGAGACUUCCUUCUUGGCUCAAUGGACUGAAGAAGGUUUACAAGAUAUUCAACGCUCCCAUCGACACACUUAUCCAACCAGCAAUUGACAGCCAUGAGGAGACGGUGGACCUGAGGGGCGAGCCUCGCGACUACAUCGACUGCAUGCUGCAGGAGCGCAGUCGCAACCCGCAGUUCUUCACCAACAGGCACAUGAUUCGCUCCAUCCUGGACCUCUUUGUUGCAGGUCAUGACACCACUUCAGUGACGCUUGGGUGGGCAUUCAUCUACUUGUGCAAGGAUCUUGAAGUACAGCGGAAACUGAGAGAGGAGAUUACUAACAUUGUUGGUAAGGAGCGUUCACCGGCCCUGUCUGAUCGUCCCCGCAUGCCCUACACAGAGGCCUUCAUAAUGGAGACUCAACGGAUGGCCAACAUCGCCCCUACCGGUUUGGAACAUGUGACUCGCGAAGAGAUCCAGCUUGGAGGAUACACGAUCCCGCGCGGAGCCCAAAUUAUCUCGUUGUUGAUGGCCGUACACAUGGACGAGAAGCACUUCCCUGAGCCGGAGGCGUUCCGCCCAGAGCGGUUCCUCGACGACCAGGGUCGUGUCAAGCCAAAUCGCGCCCUGAUUCCGUUCUCGGUGGGCAAACGGUCGUGUCUCGGGGAGGCCCUGGCGCGUGCUGAGCUCUUCCUGUUCCUGACGGGGCUGCUGCAGCGCUACUCUCUGCGAUUUGUGGACGGAUUCGACCACGACCUUAGCUGCAUCCAGACGAAGGCGAUAGUUCGUGAACCGACCUCCUACGAAGUAGUUCUGGAACGGUCCUGAAUACAAAUGCAGCACUCUGA